UUCAGAGAUUGCACACAUAUCGAUGCGUUUGUCUGCGUGCCUAAAUACGUAUCGCGAUGGCUCAAAUUGCCUGCGGGCGAGCAGACACCCCAUCAGCAUCCAUCGCUGCUACAUCGCGGCCGAGAGCACCAGUUAUUACCCCCUCAGUUUCUCAUCCAUAUAUAAAGAUAUAUUCACAACGGUCAUAUCAAAGAAAAAUCUUCGUUCUCUUGUAAAUACUGAGUCGCAAGAUAUGCAAGGUAUACCUGCCACAGAACUGGAAGAACGUCAUGUGUGCGAGAAAAAAAAUGGAAAAAAAUUUCUCGUGGCGUGCCAUAUGGUGGAUAAUUCUGUAAAUUGAUGGAGAAUUUCACGAAGCAACUGACACCCGGGAUACGGGUUCCUACACAAUCAAAUGCCGCUCUAUGUAACGUCGCUCUCAUAUAGGACAAGCAUUAGUUUUAAGGGCAAAUUAAUUAAGACACUAAUUAAGAAUUUAAUACCUCUCUAACACAUGAAGACGUUGACUCUUCACGGCGACGCUUGCGUUAACGCGUGUCUCUUGCGAAAUCAAUUAAUCCAAAUAGAACAAGUCGUUAUAAUAUUAAAAAUUAUGUCAAAAUGACUCCAAAAUUUCAUUUACCAUUUAUUUUAACAUGACUUUAACGCCAUUUUGACUUGUUAUGACUUGUUCUGUUUGGGAAUGUACAAUUGAGUUUGAGUUCAAUUACCCGUGUGAUAUUAAACGAUGAAUCGUUGAGAGAGAGAGAGAGCAAUUAAUUUUAUUGCCAUUUUACUGUGUGGUUAUACUUUUUUGUCUACAAGCAUUCGUGCAACACUGUUGUGUAAUUACUUAUCGCGUUAUCUGCAAUCACUGUGCAAUAUUUUGCAUUGCUCUUUAGCCUAAUUUUAUUCAUUUACAUAUAUCUGGUGGCAUUAUAACAACAGCAGCAAUUAACGCUGGCGCUUUCUGUAUAAGUUUUUUAUUAUAACUUGUAAUAUUGCUGUAUGAUAAACUAAAUUG